GUUCAAUAUUCCAAAACAUUUGGUAAUGGAUGUCACGUUUACCGAGCAAUACACAAAACGUGCAAUUAUGAAGAAGUACGCCGUAGAAGUGUACCCGUCAAAAUACAAAGUGAGUUCAGAUAUUCUCUCGUAUCGCCCGGGAUCUCCAUUCAUCGCAAACCUAAAAAUCACAUAUCUCAACGACGAGCUUGCCAAAAAUGUUACCUUGAGUGUUGCAGUUUAUGGCUUCAAUUCAACGAUAUUGCAUGAACAAAAUUACACAAGUGAUAUGGAGAGAUGAAGAGAUGUAUCUCCAUGUAAAGUUUCUAACCCGCGUCAAAUUUAACCGAAUGUUGAGGAUAAUGGUUACAUGCUCGCAUGGUAUGGACAUUCUCCAGUACUUCAUUAUUUCGAAAGGAAACAUCGUUGAUGUUGGCAUUUUUCGACCAAACCAAAUGACCAAAUAUCCAUUUCAAAUAUUGGUGUCGCAAAAGCUUAUUCCUAGGUCAAAUAUAGUUUUAGUAGCUUUUGUAAAUGGUCGACCCUUAACUACUGGCGCGGAUGUAAAGGUUAACGAUCUUGGAAACAAUCUCGAGAUUAAAAUUGAAGAAAACAUUGGUGAGGAUGGUGUUGACCCCGGGGACGAAAUUGAGUUAGCGAUCCGCGGUCGUCCCGGAUCGAUCGUGUUUCUGGCCGCAUAUGAUCAAGGUUUAAAGGAAUACAGUUACAAUCACGACAUCUUUCUUGAAGAUAUUUGGGAAAUGUUUUAUAUGUAUCGUCCAACUAGGUUGAUUGAUUUUGCUGACAUAGCGGCAACAGGAUUAGAUGCUGAGACUUUUAAUGUCACCAAUAUUGAAGGGCCGAGUGAGUAUGCUGCGCGUGGAAUAUAUCCGGAUGCCCCUCGCUUCGGUAUGCCUGGGCCCUAUAGAACUGAGUUUUGGGAGUCGUGGAUGUGGCAGAAUCUGACCAUUCCUUCUUCAGGACGCUUUGGGGUUUGCAAUUCACCCGGACUAUGGGCUGGCAAUCGUGAACAAACCGAUUCCGUUCUCGACGUUCAAAAUCUUCUACAUUUUGGAUCACUUGCCACAUUCCAUUAA